UCGUCUUCUUUGUCUUCGUCGUCUUUGGAGGGAGACAGCCUCGCCUACAGGCUGUACCACGGGGCGGCCGCGACCAGCAGCUACUGGCUCGUGGGGAUGUUCGCCGUGGGCUGCUUCGGCGUGGAGAAGGGCGCGCGCCUCGAGAACAUCGGCAACCUGCUGACGUUCGCGCCGUACUGCGUGGCCGGGUACAGCAUGACGCGCCGGAGCAGCGCGUACCGCGACCUCCUGGCCGCCCUGCAGACCGCGGAGCGACACUCGCCGGCUCUGCGCCGCGCCGUCCGUGCUGAGGCGGUCAUAGCCAGGUACCGUGAUGUCAGAUGCUACACUGGGCUCGCUGGCUUCGCCAUCACCUGCUACAUGCUGGCCCCCUUCCUCACACUCGCCCUGGACACGAGCUCCGGCCUGCAGUUGCCGCUCCGCGUGCCCCGAGCGCUGGAGACCGGCGACCCGCUGGUGUUCGCCGCGCAGUUCGCCGCGCAGCUGCUCCUCGUGGGCCUCGUGUCCGUGUCCAGCCUGCCCAUGGACGUGCUCGGCUACGCGCUGCUCGUGCACACGGCCGGGCGCUUCGAGAGCCUGUGCCAGCUCGUGCGCGAGGCGGACCGGCUCCUGGGGCUCCCCGCGGGCUCCGCUGCGCCCCGGCAGGCCGGCGACCAGCCACAGGCAGAAGAGCAGUCACACGGGGCUCUUGACCACCUCAUCACCCUCCACCAACAGUAUCUGUCGAAUGCAAAAAAAUUAUCUGAACUCUUGAGUCCUGUGUUUCUGGCACAUUACCUGUUGGCAUCUUUAACGCUGUGUUUAGUUAUGUACCAGUUUAUGAUGGCUGAAGACAACACUCAGAUGAUUAAAAACUGUUUCCACGCACUGGGAACUAUGUUCCGUCUACUGAGCUUCAGUUAUCUGUCAUCACUUCUGUCCCACAGUACCGAGAGUGUAGGAGACGCAGCGUAUGACUGCAAGUGGUACGACUACUGCAGGAGCGACUGCAACACGAUUCACGUGAUGAUCUGCCGUGCGCAACGACCGGUUCUCAUGCGGGCAAGUCACUUCGCUGUCAUGUCUCUGGCCACCUUCGCCUCGUUGCUUCGAUCUUCGUAUUCAUACUUCAACAUUCUGGACAAGAUCUACACAUCAUGAAACUACAUAAGCUGUCUCCUUUUUGCCACUACAUAAACUUACUAGCUUAUAAACAAUUCUAUAUUAUUUUAUAAACAAUAGCAUUAUGUUCUGUUGAGUAGCUGCUCUUUUGUAGAUGAAUUUACUUAUUAUAUUUGAGGUAAAAAAUGUUUGUGAAUUCAUUAAGGAUGGACUAGACUAAAUUAGUAUGUACCGUGUUUUCUCGCAUAAUCGUCACACAUUUUAUUCUAAAAUCAAGUUUGAAAAGUAGGGGUGCGACAAUUAACCGGGAAAAAAUUUUUUUUAGGUAAAGUUAUUCAUAAAAACCAAACCCGUUCAUGGAAAGUACAUUUAUUUAAAAAAAAGAUGUAGUAUACAAGAGCACGCCAAACAGUUUAUAUUAAUAAUUCAUUAAACAAAAACCUUUCUUGAACUUUAAAUAGAAAAACCAAACUGUAACGCAAACGCAAGCCACUUGAGUGUGUGACGUGAACUAACGUGUAACUGUCGUAGUACACGCUUGCCACGAAAGAGUGCGGGCUGUCAAAUGUAGUUAACUCGGCACCCGACAGAGAGCGCGCAAUGCAUGCAGUCGGCGAGAGAUCGAUAUUCGACUACGUGUGCGCGCUCUAUAUGGGAAACAACAUAACUAAACACGAAUGAUGCCAACUACCGCUGGCUACAUGUUUACACAGCGGUACACCGCGGCGACGCAGGCGAUCAGAUAAAGAUAAUAAUGUUUAAAAACGUCUUUAAAAGAAAAUUUACACGUCAGACAACUCCGUAUUUCCGUUAAUUAAAUAAGUGGUAAUGUCCGAAUAAAUAUUAGAUUUCUACUCGAAAAUACAUAGUUUUAUACGGAAAAGAUAUCUACACAAAGCGCCCGGCAUCUAAUAGCGAGACCAAAAACAUUAUUCGACGUUUACGCGAGAAGUUUUUUUAUCCCAAUUUUUACGGCCAAAAAUAUAGGUGCGACGAUUAUGCGAGUGCGACGAUUACGCGAUAAAAGAGGGUACUUGCUUACUUGCAUUGAGUUAUAUAAAUAAGAUGAAAUACCAUGAUAAAAUUUUCUCUUUGUAUGUACUAAAGACAAUUGAUUCUAUAUAUAUUAGACAUACACACACACACAUAUCUUAGAUUUCUUGCACAUAAAAACUGGCCAAUUUUGGUCAUAGAGUUAUACUGUGGGAAAAAUGUGCAUCAGUGAUUUACUUUUUUAUUUUUCCAAGAAUUAUGUUUGAUUAAUACUGAGCACUGCAUACAAAAAAUACUUAUAGUUAAAAAUAAAGUUUAUUAUUAUAAUAACCAGUUUUUUUAGUAUAGUUUUAUCUCGUUUGUUAUUUCCUUAAGAAUUAUAUUUUUACUCUGCAAAUUCAAGUUCCAAAGUGUGUAACAGAAAAAUUACUAAAACAGCAUAUAAUUACUUAAAAUUCUACAAUGCUGUCAUUUGUUUAGUAAAGUGCCUGUGCGUGGUGUGUGGUGGUGGCUUCUGCCCUGGGCCCUGAUGCUCGAAAUCGUUCGACUUCAUAGACCAUUCGAGUCGAGUAGAGUGAUGAACUCGCGUACGACUUGGUGUGUUCGACAUUUGCUAUGCUCGAGGUGCUACUUGUCGCAUGCGACUUACACAAAAGUCUUCGAGACGGAGAAGUCGAGUGGAUUGUGGGAAUUCGGAGAGAACUGUGAAUUUGUCAGGAUGGCUACUCUGCUCGUGUUCCAACUGGCCAAUCAACGAUCGCCGUUUCGUUUGUUG